AUGGAGCAAGAGCCCCUCACAACCAGGCUACGCAAGCCCUUUGCCUACCAAGACUCGGAUUCCGACUCGCUCCCCUCCGCCAUAGAUGAAGAAGAACAAGAAUCCCUCAUCCAAAACCUCUCCCUCAAAAACUCGUCCCAAAACACAACCUUUCGCCAACUCCUCAUCGCCAUCCCCAUCCUCUCCGCCGUCCCCUUUCUUCUCCCUUCCCCUCUCCUCUCGCUCCUCACCCGCCUCCUCGCCAUCAAGUCCCUCCUCGCGACCUCCUUCCUCAUCUACGCCCUCCGUCCCGAAGAUACCGGCUUCGACGCUCUCAAUGCCUGGGCCGCUUCCCAACCCGCUCGAGAUCCGCGCCAAGCCGCUACCGGAGGGCGCCGCCCUGUGUAUGGCUUGGCGCUCGCUGCCAAGAUCGUCAUGGCGGGUGUUGACCCUGAGAGCGAGCUUAGAGCUCUCAAGUACGAUUAUAAGGGUGCCUAA